AUGAAGUUCCUCAGUCUUGCAGUCGCCGUUCUCCCCCUCCUGGCCGCCGCUGCCCCCGUCGCAGACCCCGAAGCCGAAGCCGAUGGAGAGAUGGGACUUGAGAAGCGUAGAUCCGCGCAGACCUGCAAGAUCGUCAAUGUUGACCACUAUGUCAACUGCCGGUCCGACGCGAGCUUGGACGCGGGGGCGAUCUUUGGCUUUCCCAAGGGGGACAAACUCACCUUUGCGUGCUACAAGCACGGCGAUUGCUUCAACGGUGUUUGCACCUGGGAUCAAGUCACUUAUUUGAAGACGACCUGCUACGUUAAUGGGUACUUUACGGAUAGUAAUUGCUCAAGCAAAAAACUCCCAAAAUGCGCCUAG